GGUCCGGGCCCCUCAGCAUUAACAAAAUGAUGCUUUUUGUGUAAGUAAGUAAGUAAAACGCGUUUACUUCAGGUUUUUCUUACUACAUGUCUGUCCUGAGUCUCUGGCCUUCUGUCUAGUGUUCGUGGAGUUCCACAGGACCAAUUUUUUCUUUAAGGACACAAAAUCAGAUUCAAAACCACGAGUGUUCACAGGAAAUAACCAGAACUCUCACACACCCUGUCUCGCCGCCUCUUCAGGUGUUUGUGAUGUGAACGAAGAGGUGAGGGUGAGCGGUGCUGAUAACGUCCCACAGUAAAUAUUGACCCAAUACUGAGGCAGCUCAUCAGUCACAGAAUGUGACCUUCAGAGUCUGUGACCCUGUAAACAUCCUGUAUAAAAGCAGCUGUGAGUGAAUAGUAGCAGUUCUGCCUCGGACACCAUGAAGCCAGGACAGCUGUCCACUCUGAGGAUGGUGUUUGCGGUGGUGGUGGUGAUGAUGAUGGUGAUGAGGGUGUUUUCGGUUCCUCAUCCAUCACCUGUUCACCUGAGCCAUGGCAACCAGGUCCAUUUUAACCAGACGAUUAAGGAGGAAAGUUUGGACUUGUUGAACGUCUGGAACAGCUCCACUAACGAAACCGGACACAGAGUUUUGUUAGCCAGGUUAGGAUGCAUGCUCCCCACGUGUGCCGCGGCCAACCUCAUCUCUUCCAUGCAGGGUGGGGAUGAAAAGGCUGGUAGUGCUGCCACGGAUCCGUUUGGCAACGGAAAAAAGUGAAUUCACCUUUUCGCUGCAUCUGUUUAUGAUUAUAGCUUCUGCUCCCUUGAUGCUGACGUAAAUAAUUACAGCAUAUUAAAAUCCCAACUGUGUCCAUCA